CUUUACGAAAACUCGAGGUCCAAAAUGCGCAUUGAAGGACCAAUGCAGUGUACUCCGAGAAAGGCAACGUGGUCCACCAGCAUGGACACACGGACAUAACCACGAUAUGUCAUGUGCGUCUCAAAGCGCUUGACGCAAUCGCUUGACUCAAUCGCAACCGCUACAUAGCCGCUUCGUCGCUUUUCGGUAAUACGGUGACAUGCAGCUGUCUGUCGAGUUUGUACCGGUACUUGUAGUCACCGUCAGGGUACUUCAGCAACCGAGGCAGCACAUAACCAUACUCCAGCACCACCUGCCCCUCCUUUAAUGCCACAAAGCGUCGCUUCUCGGUGCCCAUCAUGCCGUAGCCCAGGGAAGGGGGGCCGACAGGGACGCGGGAUGUGGUGCGAUAGAUGUCGUCUUCGAUGAGGACGCCGGUCGGCUGGGAGGAAGACGAUGACGGGGAACCAGAAGCAGGGUGGGUCUCGAAGAUCCACUGGUAACCUGAAUGUCGACGACACAACAAAUUGAGGGGCUGUCGACUGUUGUCGACUGACAAUCCUGUCUCACCGGUCUGUGGAUUGCUCUUUCGGUCAAAAACAAGUGCAUCCCCAACGCACAUCUCGACAGCCGGUUUCUCCUCUCCCUCCUCAAUGAUGAUCUCUCGCCCCGUGUGCUGUUGGUGGACGCGCUGCUGCUCUUUGAAAGCAUCGAACGCCGCGGUUCGCACGUCAGUGAGUGACUGAGGAGCUCUCAUAUCGUCACCAGUCGCCUUCUCCUCGUUCAUGUCGUGUCGCAGCCGCACCAGAUCUCACACUGAGCUGAUGGAGAUCACAGUGGCAUCGUUUCCGGCAGCAGCGCCUCGGUCAAGA